AUGUCCAGCGUCGCUCGAUGGAGCAGGUUCUACAGGACGACCGCACCGCGGCGCGGCCAAGUGGCCCUCCUGGCGAUGCGGAUGUACCCCAAAAAGAAGACCGAGACCCGUUGGAUCUAUGUGGAGCCCGAUCGUGCUCUGGGCGUCGGCGACAUCAAGGAUCGGACGAUGCUGUCGCGCCGCCGCCAGCACGGGUGGAACUACGACGCGUUCCCCGCCCUGGCGGCUAUCGAGAAUUCCGAGAUCCUCGAGCGGGCCAAAGAGAAGAAGCUGGAAGCCGAGCUCCAUCUCAGCAACUUGCGCAGAUGGGCGGUCGCGAAGCUCGACGACGGCCAAAACUUGCUCCUGGAGGUCUACGAUUUCAGCGGCCACCCGCACGACCUGUACUGGGACGGCAAGCUCGAGCUCCCGAUCCUGUUCUUCGCUGGGAUGAUCGAACCUGCGACCGACGUGGACAGCGACGGGAAGGCGGGGCACUCGGUGGCAGCCUCCUCAGACGAGUCCGAACCCUCCAAGGACGCGCAGGAGAUGAAAGCGAUGACGAGCAGCCUGUUGGACGAGAUCACCCGCGCGAAGGUCCCAGCUGGGUUGGGAAGGCUGAGCAUCGCACCCACCGAGCCGAGCAUGGACAUGCAUGUGGACAAGAUGAUUGACCGCUUGAAGAAGUUCGAAGACACCAUCAGCGCGGACCGGGCCAUCCCGAACCGCAAGCCGCUGCAAGGUACAUCAUCGACUACGGCGACGGCGGAGUCCACGGCGUGUCCGACGCUCGACUUUAGAUCACCGGCGGUUCCAGAG